AUGGCCACCCACAGCCCGUACCACAACCCCCUCUUCCCCUCACACGCCUUCCCCGACCCCGACGACACUCCCAUCCCGGACGACGGCGAUAUCGACGACGAGGACAACAUCUUUCGCGAUAUGACCUUUGAUGAGAUCAUGGAGGAUCUGAAUGCGCGGUUUCUCAUCAACUUGCCCAAGGAGGAGAUGAACCUGCUGAGGGUGUACUGGCAGGCUGAGCAGGCACAUUGGUUCUACGAAGAUUACCUCCGCCCCCUGAACCCCCUCCUGCCGUCCCUUUCCCAGCGCCACUUUACCCGCCUCAUCAUCGAGUCUUCUCCUCUCUACAAGCGGCUGGUAUCCUCAGGCUCCAUCGACCACGAUUCCGUCUGGGACGAGUACCGCUCAUACAAGCGGAUGGUGCCGUGUUGCGGCGGCAUCAUGCUCAACAAGCAGGGCGACAAGGUGGUGCUGGUGCGUGGGUGGAAGAGCAACUCUGGCUGGAGUUUUCCGAGAGGCAAGAUCAAUCUGAAUGAGACGGAGGAAGCGUGCGCCGUACGAGAGGUGGAAGAAGAGACUGGAUAUGACCUGACGGGGAUGGUCAAGUCAGAAGAUAGGAUACAGACGCACAUCAAUGCGCAAGAGGUGACCAUGUUUAUUGUGGGAGGUAUUGACGAGGGAACGGUGUUUGAGACGCAGACCAGGCAUGAGAUUGGGGCUAUUGAAUGGGUCUCUCUCUCUGAUCUUCCGACGUGGUCUGGCAAUAAGAAGACGAAGAAGAAUACAAACAAGCGAUUUUACAAUGUCACUCCGUUUGUCAACCCCCUCAAGGCUUGGAUGAAGGCGAACGGCCUGAACCCCCAUCCCAAACCUCGGCCAAAGAAACCGCCUGUCUCGCAACCCACCGCCUCACCCGGCAACUUUCACAGAGACAUCAAGCCCUUCCGAUUCGACGCCUUUUCCGGCUCUCCCUCGGCUUCCCCCCAACUCCACACCCCUUCUCCUGCCCCUUCACACUUUCCUUCCAGGGGAUCCUCCGCCCUGGACCAACUGUUUUCCAAAUUCAUCCACAAACAGGAAGAGGAGAUCCUUGCGCCUAGACAAGGAGAUGCUGUCGGCUCGGACAAUAAUGCCGGGCUUGAACGUCUCUUUGGCGGGCUUGAUGUGCUGAAAGAGGAGGAACAGGCGAUGCUCGAAAGGCAGAGGAGGAGUGACGACGAUCACAGUCAGGAAGAUGCGAGGAGGUUCCGGAAGGAGGAUGAUGAUCUUGCGCGCCUCCUCGCGGGCGUUGGCACACCGGCGCCGGAUCUCGCCAAGCUUCUCCCUAGAAACCAGCAGGCGCAGCGUCCGACAGCCCAGCAGCAGUCGCAGACUCUGCAUCAGCAGCAACCGCAGCCCAAGGCGACGCAGAACCACCUGUUGGCCAUGUUGAACCAAAAGUCGGUUGGUGCUACACCCGUCCCAGCGGGACACAACUUGCCACAGGCUCAGCCUCAUCAGUCCAAGCUGCUCCAUCUCAUCUCACAGCCUGCCCAUUCUCCCACACAAUCUCCGAGGGCAUCUGUUUCUCCGUCGUACCAUAUUGCUCAGUCGCGCCCCGGAUCUGAUCCUUCUUCGUUUGGUGCCGAGGGGACCGAAGAGGACCGCGCGGCGCGGGCGAGAGCGUUGUUGGAGAUUAGCUUUGCGGGAUUAGGUCUUGGUGAAGGGUCAUCGGCGUCUAGCCACACGGCUGGGUCGCCUCAGCCUGCUCAGCCGUAUCAGAGAGGCCAUCCUGGUGCUGGCGGCCAGGCUUCCGCCCCUGUUCACAACCGCGCACCAGCGACACAGCCUGCCGCAUCCCAAGCCUUGCCUCACUCGCAAGCGCAAGUGCCAGCCCAUCAUGGGUCUGGUCCCGGUAACAGCCCCCGCUCUCAAAAUCCUCCACCAAGCUACGACUCUGUCCUCCGAGACAACUUUCCGAGUCAACCCCAGCAAGCCGCAGCCCAUGCUCCUGGCCUGCCCCAAGUCCAGACGUUUGAGAGAGCUCCGCCUCCUCAUAUGCAACAGCAAGUCGCGCCCUCGGGCUACGUCCAACAACACCCCAUCCCCAAUCCUCCCCACGCCUUCCAAGCCCAAGCCCAAGCCCAAGCCCUCCCUUCCCACGUGCACAUACCCCAACACCACGCCGCCCACCCCCAGCCCGUUCCCAUGCCGCCCCAACCAUUCCGUCCUCCGCCUCACGCUGUGCCACUGGGCGUGGCGAUGCAGCAGCAGAAUAUGAACCACCCGCAGGGACAGGGCUAUCGCCCGGUACAAGGGCAGAUGCCACCUGGGAUGGGGCCUGCCCCACCCGGUUUGGGCCCUGGACCGGGGUAUACCCCGCCUGGGGUCAAUUACUAUCCUGCUAUGCCCCCUCCUCAGCAACAACAACAGCACUUUGCACCUCCCCCGCCUCAAGCUCAAGCGCAAGGUCAAGGUCAAGGUCACGGUCACGGUCAAGGGUACUAUUACCCUUCCCAAGCUCCUGUCGUCCUCCCCGCUGGUGGGGGAGCGCCAGGGCAGCAGGGGAUGUAUAGACAAAGUUCGGGGAAUGUUCAGCCUGUUUAUGGGUAUGGGCAGAACCCUUUCCCGGGGGGUGUGGUUCCCCAGGCUUUGCCUGCCCAGCAGCAACAGCAACAGCAGCAGCAGCAGCAGCAGGUUUCGAGUCAGUCGACGCCGAACAAGGUGCCGUUGAAUAGCAAUGGGAACGGGAUGCUGCCCGGUAUGCAGCAGCAAGGACAGCAGCAAGGACAAGGGGGUGCUGUACAUCAUCCGGUACCGAGACAGCCUGGGAACGCGGGGUUGUUGGCGAUGCUUAAUGGGGGGAGGUAG